AUGGCCGGAGUUCAGCCUGAGAGCACGCUCGUCUGUGCAGGCGUAUUCACAGGUCUCGCCAUAAUCUUCAGCACCCUUCGUCUUUACUCGAGAAUCUUCAUUGUGCGAGCAGUCCGCGUGGAUGAUAUCCUUCUCGGAGUUGCCGUAAUGUGCUCCAUGGCUUUGACAGUCUUGAUCAUCUUCCAAGCUUACAAUGGUCUCGGCGUGCACCAGGACACUUUAUCAAACGAUGAAGUCUUUAACUUCCUCAAGGGGUUAUACGGUGGCUCAAUUGUCUACAGUAUCGGCAUGCUAUUCACCCAAACCACUUUCCUGUUCCAGUAUCGGAACUUUUUCAUUGGUAAAUGGCUUCGACGAUCAACCGAUGCCAUGAUAGUCAUUGUUACGCUUGAGGGUAUUGCCACUACGCUUGCUGUUGCUUUCCAAUGUCUGCCGGUCGGCACCCAGUCCAUCUGGAACCCGUACGCUCCACCGGCCAAAUGUAUCAACUACGUUGCCUUUUGGUUCUUCUCGGCUCUGUUCAACGUUUUCUCAUCUCUGAUCAUCUGGGCGCUACCACUCCCACUGAUCAAAUCGCUCCAACUACCGAAACGACAGAAGCGUUGGCUACUGCUAGUCUUUGCUCUCGGAUUUUUUACGUGCCUCGCCUCCGGUUUGCGCAUUCGUGGACUCUACAUCAGCGUACAGCAUGCCGAGAAUGACACUUCCUUCUACUAUACAGCGGCAGCCACAUGGUCCUCGCUGGAGAUCAAUGUCGGAAUUAUUUGCUCCUGCCUGCCUACUAUCAAGCCGAUUGUUGAUCGCGUGUUUCCCGAACUGCUGCGUGAGCCGACACGUCCAGUGCCGCCUCUCGGAGGGGUCGACCACAGUGUUCGCAGGAAUGGAGCCGGAGUGCUGCUUGCCAAUAACUGCGUCCCUCUCACUGACAAAUCCCUGGGCACCAGCGCAGAGUCCAGUUCAGUUCCUACUCCAAAAAGACAGAUUGAAGACGUGUGA